AUGGGAGUUCCAGCAUUAUUUCGGUGGCUCUCUCGAAAAUACCCAAAGAUUAUCUCGUCUGUUAUUGAAGCGGAUGAAGAUGAGCACGACGGGAUAGGAGGAGCCAAGUAUCUGGAACCAAACCCCAACGGCGAAGUCGACAACCUUUACCUCGAUAUGAACGGGAUCGUCCAUCCUUGCUCGCAUCCCGAGCACAAGAGGGCGCCGGAGACAGAAGAUGAGAUGUUUUUGGACAUUUUCGCUUAUACAGACCGGGUGUUGAUGAUGGCGCGGCCUCGGAAAGUUUUGAUGAUUGCCGUAGACGGUGUUGCACCAAGGGCCAAGAUGAACCAGCAGAGAGCGAGAAGGUUCAGGUCUGCCCAGGACGCCAAGAUCAAGGAUCUCGCGAUAGCCAAGGAGAUACGCGAGAAAGAGGCCCGCGGCGAGAUGAUUGACGAGGCGGUUAAGGGUAAGAAACAGUGGGAUUCCAACGCCAUCACCCCGGGAACACCUUUUAUGGACCGACUAGCUGAGGCGUUGAGGUACUGGGUCGCGUACAAGUUGGCCAGCGACCCCGGCUGGGCCAACCUCCAAGUGAUUAUAAGCGACGCCACGGUCCCCGGCGAAGGGGAGCAUAAGCUAAUGAGCUUUAUACGUUCGCAGAGGUCGGACCCGCUGUAUAACCCAAACACAAGACAUUGCAUAUACGGGUUGGAUGCCGAUUUGAUCUUCUUGGGUCUAGCUACGCAUGAGCCUCAUUUCAGGGUCUUGAGAGAGGAUGUUUUCGCCAAUCAAGAAAAGCGAAUGACUAUAUCUGACCACAUCGCCAUGUCGCGAGACCAAGCCGACCUCAUCCAGGAGAAGGAACGCAAAAAACCGUUUUUGUGGUUGCAUGUCAAUGUGUUGCGCGAGUACUUGUCGGUUGAGCUCCAAAACCCGAGAUUGUCAUUCCCUUUUGAUUUGGAGCGAGCCAUCGAUGACUGGGUCUUUAUCUGUUUCUUUGCCGGGAACGAUUUCUUGCCGCACUUGCCCAGUUUGGACGUCAGGGACAAUGGCAUCGACACCUUGGUCAACUGCUGGAAAAAGUGUCUCCCCAGACUCCGCGACUAUGUGACGUGCGACGGCAAGUUGAAUUUGGAGAGUGUGGAAACGUUGAUGGCCGACUUGGCAAACAAAGAAGGCGAGAUCUUCCAGAGCCGGUUCCGGGCAGAGCAAAGAAGAGAGGAGAACCGCAAGAGACGCAAGCUCGCAGACGAGCAGGAUAGGGCGUUGAAAAACAUUUACUUGUCGCAGGUCUCAAAAGGCAGGGAAAAGGCCCCCUUGCAGGCAGAUGUAAACAUGCCCUUGAUGGAUACCAGCGGACACAAUGUCGAGGGCUUUGCUCCGUUGUCGAACAAGGACAUUGUGCACAACUUGGACACCAUAACAAAGGCAGGAAUGGCAAACCACGACGCGGCAGCAGCAUUGAAGAAGUUGAUUGACUCAAGGAAGCUGCUGCUGCUGAAAGAGGAUACCCCUGUUGAUUCUUCAGACAACACAUCGGCUACAAACACCGACCGCGAAGACGCUGUCAGGACAAAGAAGAGAACACUCGGCGGCAACGACGAAACGCAAGAGGAGACAGAAGUAGUUGACGGGAUCAGGUUGCACGAGCCGGGCUACCAAAAGCGGUACUACCAAGUAAAGUUCCACUGCAAGACAGACGAAGAAGUUGAAGAAACAAAACGACAAGUGGUCAAGAGCUACGUCGAAGGUAUAUCGUGGGUUGCCUUGUAUUACUACCAGGGCUGUCCCUCUUGGAACUGGUUCUAUCCUUACCACUAUGCGCCAUUUGCCGGGGACAUGACCAAUUUGAAAGAAUUGUUCCCCGAAGGAGUCAAGUUCAACUUGGGGAAGCCAUUCAAACCCUACGAGCAGUUGAUGUCUGUUCUUCCCGCGGCCUCGAGCCAUGCCUUGCCCGAGGUCUUUCAUCCCUUGAUGAAGGACCCAGACAGCGAGGUUAUAGAUUUCUACCCGGAGGAGUUUGAAAUCGAUAUGAACGGCAAAAAGAUGAGCUGGCAGGGUAUUCCUCUAUUGCCCUUUAUUGACGAGACACGGCUCUUGGCCUCUGUCCAGGCAAAGUACGACCAGCUUACCGAGUACGAGAGCAACAGAAACGUCAAUAAAGAGGCAGAGUUGUUCAUUUCCAGCGAGAACAAGAAUUACAAAACGUUCUCAACCGCUUUUUAUGACAAGGAGCUGGAAGACACCGUUGAUUUCAAAUUUGCAAAGACGGGGCUCGCGGGAGUCGCCAUCAAAAUGAGCAAAUUUGAGCCGCGCGGGGUGCUAGAUUACCCGUUAAAAGAGGGCCAAAUGCCCAAUGUGGAAAAGAAAGACUACCUUCAAGUUGAGUAUCAUUUCCCCUUAAAGAAGAGAGGCAAGUCGAUGCUUUUAAAUGGAUUCAUUUCGCCGCAUGCAGCCCUCACUGUUGCAGACAGGAACGAGAUUCUCUACAAGUUGGACUCGGGAGAUGUACGCGGAAGGGGCGGAUAUCAUAACAACAACCAUAUAAGCAAUAAUGAUUAUAUCAAUAGAGGACCAGUCGGCACUGAAAUUUUCAAGACUUAUGGAAUGAGAAAAGGCGGUUACAGGUCUCAUUUGCACAUGAUGAAAAACCAAGCCAGCGGCACAAACAUGGGAGGAAACAUGGGUGCAUACGUGAAUACACACAUGCACACACAUACGUACACGCAAAUGCAGUCCCACUCGUACAUGCAACCACCGGCACAAUACGGCCGCUCUCAAUACGGCCAGAACCCGGCAUUCCGUCCGAAUUCCAGGCAUUCGAGCCAAAACCAUCACCACACGUCGAACCAGCACAAGUAUUACAAUAACGGCCAAGGGCAGCUAUACACGGCCUCCAACCCUGGGUUUUUGCCACCAAAGCUGCAGUCGGGGAGGAACGGUUAUAGAUCUUAA